CGCCGAGGGCUGGAACAGACGCUUGUGUACGAUGCCAGGCGGGAGCCGAACCACGUCGCGCUUGACCCCUCAAUCCUAUCUACACCUCCCUUCCCACUACGUCUCCGCGCCGCACUCCCCAUCGCAUCCGUCGUCGGUCCAGCCCAGGGCGGAGCAUUCGCGGAGCAUUCGUGUUCGGCACCUCCCAUCCUGCCCGCGCACAGGCUCCCAUCCACAUCCACGUGGCGCCCCUGUCCGUGCCCUACUUCAUAGGGUCUAGCGCUCAUCGGGGCUGCCGAUCGCUUCCCAGGGUGCAGACGGGGUUGCCGAUCUCCUGGUGAAUAGCUGGUACGGUCGUUGUGGUACGAUUUUGGAUGCGUUUGGAAGGGCUUGCAAUGGCUCGAUGAAUGUGGUGCGGAAAAAGGUUUCCUGAGUAGAUGCCGAACGACUAAUGCAGGCGCGGAAGCAAUCCGGGGUCACUUCGGUGACGGAGGUUAGGAAA